AGCUGCUCUCUUAGCAAUUCAAAAACCAUUUUCUUCUGGUAGAAGAAUUUCUAAACAGCAGUGGAUAAGAAUUAUUCGUCAUGCUACUAUUAAUUCAAUGCUGCUUUUAUUAUGGCUAUUUGGAUUGACUCAGUGUGGCCCAUUAAGAACAAUUCUUUUAGUAGAACAUAAAGAUUUUAUUAUUAUUUCUGGUAUCAGUGCACUUUUUAUGGGAGCAGGUGGUCAUUCAAAGUUUCGAGGUGCCGUAUGUUUGCUAAUUGGAAUUUUAGCACUUUUGUUUCUUGAUCACGAUGACAAUAACACUGAACCAACUGAACAUCAAGGACAUCAACACCAUGGAUUUAGUCAUGUGUUUUUCUAUAUUAUUUCAUGGUUAGGAUUGGCAGAUCAUAAAGGUGGUGUUUUAUUACUAGUAUUGGUUGUUUGUCUUCAAACUGGUUUUAAUAGUGCAGCAAGACGAUUAUCAGUGGAUAUUGGAGGAGCAAAAAGACUAAAUGCUCUUUCUUCACUUGUUUCUGUAGUUUUGUUAAUUCCAUGGGCAAUAGUACUUUGUUUUACUUCUCAACUGCAGUCUAUAUCUAUUGUACAAAUUAUCAUACCAACAUUAGUGUCUUCUGUUCUGUUAUUAGUUAUUGAUUAUUAUGUUGAAUCCAUGUGUACCGUACGUUUAGAAGCAUUAUGUUGCGCAAAGUAUGGUUCCAUUGCUGUGUUUUUGUCAGCUCUUCUAUUCAGCACUGUAUCAGGAAAUGGAAUAAUUACAUAUAGUUGGUCUGCUAAAAAUAUAAUAAAUAUAGAAAAUGAGCAUGCUCUCUCUGGUGGUGUGAUAUUUAGCUGGAUUAUGUUUGUAUUAGCUACAUUGAUUUUGACAUCUCCAGCCACUGGAGGAUCCAAAGGCACUUUUGUUGGUUAUUCGUCUGCUGGAUUGCCUCUUUAUACGUUUACUGGAGAUACUUUACAUCGUACCUCUCAAUCGUUCCUACUCAUUGUAAAGAGUAGUUUGGUGCAAAUACUAGAAGAAUCAGAUUCAAGGAAGAUAUUUUAUUUUCUUUGUUUAAAUUUGGCAUUUACUUUUGUAGAAAUGAUUUAUGGUAUUUGGACCAAUAGUUUAGGAUUAAUUUCAGAUGGAUUUCAUAUGUUAUUUGAUUGUUCAGCUUUAGUAAUGGGACUCUGUGCAUCAAUUCUUGCCAGAAAAAAGGCAACAAAAACUUAUCCUUAUGGGUUUGGCAGAGUUGAGGUUUUAUCAGGUUUCAUUAAUGGACUGUUUUUAAUAGUUGUUGCAUUUAUGGUUUUUACUGAAGCAUUAAGUCGAAUAUUUGAUCCACCAGAGAUUCUUACUGAAAGAUUAUUGACUGUUUCUGUUGCUGGUCUUUGUGUUAAUUUAGUUGGAAUAUUUGCUUUUCGACAUGCACAUACACACAGCCAUGGUCAUUCUCCCUCAUCUAGUCAUGGGCAUGGACAUAGUCACGGUCAUGGUCACUCCCACUCUCAUCAUCAUCAUCAUGCCGACAAUACCAACUUACAAGGUGUUUUUCUACAUAUCUUGGCGGAUACAUUAGGAAGCAUCGGAGUCAUUUCAUCAUCAUUAUUGAUAGAGCACUUUGGUUAUUAUAUCGCAGAUCCAAUUUGUUCUCUGUUUAUUUCAAUUCUAAUAUUCUUAAGUGUUUUACCACUACUAAAACAUUCUUCAUUGGUUUUGUUAUUAAGGGUACCCAGAGCACUUGAAAAGGAAAUAUCUUCAGCUCUUAAUAAGGUAAUGACUGUAGACGGUGUCCUUUCCUAUAGUAAUCAACAUUUUUGGCAACAUUCUGCAGUCAUAAAAGCUGGUACUAUUCAUGUUCAAGUUAAACCGGAUGCUAGCGAACAGAAAAUUAUAAAUCAGAUUCAAACAAUAUUUAAAGACAUUGGCUUUGUUAAUUUUACUGUACAAGUGGAAAAAGAAGAAUAUUUUCAUCAUAUGUCAGGUUUGAGCACUAACUAUCAAACCAUGUUAUCAUCAAUCACAACAAAAGCCACUAGAGAUAUGGCAACAACUGUAAUAAAAGCAAUUUAGAUAUUCUGUUACAAACAUCCCCUUUCUGUUUCAUGUUGCACAAGAUAUCAUCAAACAGAAAUUGUAAGACGAUAAUUUGCCAAAAUUAUGAAUUUAUUAUUAUUAUUUAUAGAACAGUAAUCGGGUUAAUUUCAAAACAAAGUUACAUUGAUUUUUAGCUUUGUUAAUAGUGCUUUUGUACAUAAAAAUAUAUUUAUAUAUGUGUUUAAAUUGUACACUUUGUAACAGUUACAAAUAUCAAUAUAAAUGUUGUAUAGUUCAUAUUAACUCAAUAAAAA